AUGUCGAUUGACAUCAACUGGGACACCAUCACGGGCGGUGCAGAAGGCUCCGCGCGUGCAGAGAAGAUACGCGCCUUCAUCCACGACCGGUUCCAGCAGGUGACGCUGCCACGAUUCAUUCGCUCAGUUCACGUGCAUUCCUUCGACUUCGGCAGCGUACCCCCGGAGAUUGAGAUUAAAGACAUAUGCGACCCACUACCGGACUUUUACGAAGAUGAUGAGGACUAUCCAGACGAACAAGGGGACGACCUGGGGGAAGACGACACCGAGCAUGACGCCAAGUCACGCGAUUCUAGCAACCCACCUAGUCAUUCACCAAGGAAUAGCCAUUCCAGGGAACGAGGCCGAGAAGCAGACUUGGAGGAAAACACUCCCAAUCAGAAUAGAUUACGCCCCUUUCAACCUCUUGCUAGACCAUCCACCAAGCGCUCAUCAUUGGCUCCCCACGAGCUAGGCAGCCCAUUCUUUCAUGGAGCUCUUACUCCAGGCAUCCCUGGUGGCACCUCCAACAUGAACUACUUCCAUCUGCCUCUAAGUGCAGGCCUCUCUGGUGCUACGACGCCUCUGGCCGCUGUAGCUGGCGCCCAGUUGCAUAAUUGGCUCGACGACCGUCACGGCCGGCCGAGUACGCCAACAAAUAUGCGUCUGCGGAACGCCGCGUCCAUGAACUCGCUAACCCUCACGCCACAAUCCCAUCCAGAUCCCAGCUCAAGACCCUCUUCCAGGCACCAACAGGACGAUGGGAAGAAACAGUCCUUUGCCGGAUCAGAUGACAGUCACUCUCAGCACAGCUUCGGGCGGACACCAUCCGCAUCUCCUCACCGCAUGCGUGAGAAGAGCCCUGAUGAUAUACAGGUUGUGACCCAUGUGCAGUACUCUGGCGACAUCAAAAUGUCUUUGACUGCAGAGAUCCUUUUGGACUACCCCAUGCCAAGCUUUGUCGGCAUUCCUCUCAAGUUGAACAUCACCGGACUCACCUUCGAUGGUGUUGCGAUCUUGGCAUAUAUCAAGAAGAGAGCACACUUUUGCUUCCUGUCACCGGAAGACGCAGAUGCUCUGGUCGGCGGAGAGAAUGGUUUCAACGGUCUUCAGACAGACGCACAAGGUCAAAACCCACGUCCUGUGCAACGACCUAAGAUCGGAGGGCUGUUGGAGCACAUCAAAGUCGAAAGCGAAAUAGGAGGGCAAGGCAGUGGUAAACAGGUCCUCAAGAACGUUGGGAAGGUAGAGUCAUUCGUACUGGAGCAAGUCAGGCGCAUCUUUGAAGAUGAGUUUGUCUACCCAAGCUUCUGGACAUUCCUGGUCUAG